AUGCAUCUCCACCUCCUCCUCGCCGUCUUCGCCGUCCUACUGACGUCCUGCUCGGCUUGCGGAUUUAUCUGCAUUUGUCUCAGCGAACACGGCCAACACGAUUGCUACAACCCCGUGAACCGAACACGGUUGCGAAGGCUACUGCCACGAUCGCAACUGCGGCGGGAUGGUCCCGGAUGGACCCGACGAGGCUCACGCUUGCGCAAAUACCACAUCAACGUCCACCAAGUAUCGGUCCUUCCGGUUGUCCUCGACGUGCUGCUCUCCCUCCGCCGCUUCGCUGACGCUUUUCUGGUUGGCACGACGGGCAUCGGAGCGAUGUAUGUCGAUGAGUGUCUCAUCCUCUGCCCACCGUGGAAGCGUGACAUGAGGCUUGAAGUUCAACGUCUUCGCGGGCCCUUCGAGGCGCAUGUUAUGAUCCUGCUUCAGCAGGUCCUGCGCGGCAGCCGAACACUCCAGCAUAACCUUGCAUCACGACGCUGCACACUCAGCUUUUUGCCUCGAGCUUCAUUCGCACCCUCACCAAUCACUCACAUGCAAGCAUCUCCGAUAUUGACCGUCUGCCACCUCGAAGACGAUGCGCCGUGCUGGAGCGCAAGUCGAAGGCGCUACCUCCUCACCGAAUCCACGGAUGACAAGCACCCGACCUACAAGAACACCGACGGGAAUUGGAGGCUCGGCGAUAAGGACCUCGAUCAGUUGACCUUUCUCUUCCUGAUGCACGGUCAUAACACAAGGAUGAUCUGGACAUUCGAGUUCCCGAAGUACACAGGAAAUCUUCUCCACCAACUGUACCAUGCCCCAUACUAUGGUACUCUGAAGGAAAACUUUUACCUAUGGGCCGUUCUCAGCGAGUAUCUUUACUCGCUCAUUGCCUUCAACCGCACCGCUCCUCGCAUGGAGGCCUCGCCACAUUAUGUGAGAUACGGCUUUCACCGAUUGCAAGGCGCGCCAUUGCUAGCGGAUGUCGAGCUAUCCACAAGCGCCGAGAAGCUAGAGCCGUCUGCGUCUGAAUAUGACCUUCCCAUCGAGAAGGAGGGACUGGUGCGGAGGCGAGAGCGACGAAUCAACUACGAAAACCACCUCAUCUUUUUGCGAGCUUUCCCUGGAGCUUGUGAUCCAGCAGAUCUUGUUCAUUUCGCCGAACUGGACGAUGAAAAGAAACAACGCGAACUGGAAUUCGAGAAAGUGGCGUACCUCGUGAGACGGCGUCUCGCGAGCCAGGAGCUCCUCAUAACAACCUGGACAAACGACGAAAUUCGAACCCUCCUCUCAAUCGUCAAGCAAGGACAGAGCUCAAAGGACAUUGCCAAGAGUCUUUCGAAGAGUACCAACUCCAUCGAAGCGGCAUUGCGGAGACUUUCCGGGCUCCCUCUUGUCCUAGAUCACGGUGCCGUCAUAUCCCCGGACGUGGAGAAGCACUCGACACAUCGGGCGCUGGGCAGACUCGUGAGAGCUCGUACCACGGCAUGGUGGUCGGAUGAAGAAGUCAAUGGACUCGUCGAUAUGUGCAAGCGACAUUGGUCACUGGAGACCAUGGCGAAGAGGAUCAACAUGCCGGAGACAGACGUCGCGGAGGCGUUGCAGAAGCUGGGCAUGGUGCCUACACCGGAGCUGAAGUAUGUCUGGUCGGGCUAUACCGGACCACCGAAGAAGAAGAAGUGGAAGCUAGGGAAGAAGGAAUCUGAUGACCGUUAG